GGCGGGAAGGAAGGGCAUAUACUGUUCGACAGUGCCUAAAAUCACACAGGAAUAUUACACAGCAAAGGUCGCGGCCAUCACAACUUCCAUGCAGAUUUCUUGACACUGGAAAAUCUAAGCCAGAAAUCGAGGGCCGAAAUGUCCAGGCUGAGAACGAAAGAAGCCAAUCUUCUAUCCAAAAAAUCGUCAAUUCUGCAACCUGGAUCGGCUACUUAUGGUCAUUUUCGGAAUUCAAGAAGAUUCAACCCUGCCGAUAUCACCGAAGUGAUGCACAUAGCCGAUAAAGCUUUGGAAAUAGCUAUAGCUACUCGAGUUUUUAAAGACAGGCAAGGUAUUACCAACGAAGAACUGGAAGAGGGAAGAAUACAACAAAACUUACGUCCAACUGCUAUCGGACAAAAUUGCAUUCCUUUACCUACCUGUCCUCUAAUUCCGGACAAAUAUCGUAGGAUAGAUGGCGCUUGUAACAACAUAGCGCAUCCUACAUGGGGAGCACCUUUUACGGCGUAUUCAAGGCUGCUUCCUCCUAACUACCAGGAUGGAAUAUGGUCACCCAGAGUCUCAGUUGUAGACGAAGAGCCUCUUCCAAGUCCCAGAUUAAUAAGUACCACCAUAAUAUCAGAUAUAGAUUCUCCAAACCACGACUAUACCUUACUAGUGAUGCAGUUUGGCCAGUUCAUAUCUCACGAUUUUACACAGUCAAUGGAUAUGUCUUAUGCUAAUGGAAGUGCCAUAUCCUGUUGUGACUUGGAAGGAACAUCAAUAUUACCGCCUGAAUCUACCCAUUACGCUUGUAUGCCGAUUCCUUUGCCUCAUGAGGACCAAUUCUAUGGUACAUUCAAACAGAAAUGUAUGAAUUUUGUUAGGUCUGCCUUAGCUCCAAGCCACGAUUGUACUUUGGGAUAUUCAGAACAGAUGAACAAGUUAACCCAUUUUCUGGACGCGUCUUCCGUCUAUGGAUCAACUCCAGAACAAACUAGAGAACUCCGUAGCUUCCACGGUGGGACCCUGAAAGUUUUCGAUGAUUUUGGACGAGAACUUCUUCCUCUGUCAAAGGAUCCUUUGGCUUGUUUGACCAUGGAACAAGGAUCAGCGUGUUUUGAAUCAGGGGAUACCAGAACUAAUCAAAUGGUUACAUUAGUAGUGAUGCACACGUUGUUCCUUAGGGAACAUAAUCGCUUGGCACGUAGUCUUCAAGCACUUAAUCCUCUUUGGACCGACGAAAAGCUGUUUUUGGAAGCCAGGCAGAUACUUAUAGCUGAAAUGCAAGUCAUUAUUUACAAGGAGUUCCUACCUACGGUACUAGGGGAAGAGGCAAUCAGAGAAUUCGGACUUGGAUUGGGGUAUGAAAAAGAAUAUUCUUUGGACUACAAUCCAGCAAUAAAUCCCUCAAUUACUAAUGAAUUUGCUACAGCAGCGUUUAGAUUUGGCCACUCUACUGUUGAUGGACAAUUAAGACUUUACGGCCCAACUAAAAUGGAGGAAUCCAUCGCCAUCCCCGAAGUAAUGUUCUAUCCGUCGCGCAUGAGGCACCAAAAGUUCCUGGACGAAAUCCUAAGCACCCUCACGACCGAACCGAUACAGGACGUCGAUCCGUUCAUGCCGGAAGCCUUGACCAGAUACAUGUUUAGAGGUGGGAAUCCUUUCGGCGUGGACUUAGCUUCUAUUAACAUACAGCGAGGAAGAGACCACGGCUUGAGGUCGUAUAACGAUUACAGGGAGUUGACUGGGCUGCCGAGACUGAAGGAUUUCGCAGAGUUUGGACCAGAGAUCGCCGAGAAACUGUACAAAGUGUAUCGGUCAGUUGACGACCUGGAUCUGUGGGUGGGCGGCCUGCUGGAGUCCAAAGCCCCAGGAAGCCUGGUAGGACCGACGUUCAGGGACAUAAUAGCCGACCAAUUCGCGCGGCUCAAGAAAGGCGACAGGUAUUUCUUCGAAAACGGACCCUCUAUUAAUCCAGGAUACUUUUCACCAGAUCAAUUGAAAGAGCUAAGGAAGGCUUCAAUUUCACGAAUCAUUUGCGACAAUAGCGAUGGCAUUCUGCUUUCCCGUCAGGCACCGAAGGCUUUCAGGAAACCUGGCGUACCUGGAAACGAAUUUAGUGAUUGCAAUGGACCCGAAAUUCCAUCAUUGGAUCUAUCCUUCUGGCAAGCGUAGAGGAUAAUUUUAUCGUUUGUUUUUUACAUUUUGUUUUGUUUUGUUUUAAUUUUAUUUAUUUCAGAUACAUUAUUACUGUUUGUUACUUUAUAAAAGUGUUUUUUUUAAA